AUGGGAAAAUCAGCAUCUAGGUCCGAUGCAUUGAUCAUUCGCUCAACAGAUAAGAUGAAGUAUGCCCAGAUUCUAACGAAGGUGAAGAAGGAUGUUCCUCCAGAUCAGGCGCUGGGGUGCGUUGAUAAGAUAUGCAGAACAGCCACAGAGGACAUGCUCAUCGUCUUGUCCAAAGACAGUUCUAGCAAAGCGCAGGUAUUGCAAACAACCAUAGCUGGUCUUCUCGGGGAAGACGCUGAGGUUCUUAGCAAGGGCCCUCAGGAGAAUAUCGAGAUCAAAGAUCUCGAUGAUAUGACAAGGAAGGAGGAAAUUUUGGAAGCCCUAUGCAAGACAGCGGGCAACGAGGUGCAGAUGACGCAGGAUGCCAUAAAAUCCUUGCGAAAGGCCUACGGAGGGGCACAGACGGCAUUGGUGACACUGCGUGUACUCGAAGCGAAGAAUAUCUUGGGGGACACUGGCAAAAUCCGGAUAGGCUGGAUUUAUUGCCGAGUGAGCAGAGUGGAGAGACCAGUUAAGUGCUUCAAGUGCUGGCACUACGGGCACCUCGCCAAGAAGUGCACGAGUACAGUCGAUCAGUCCAAACUCUGCGUCAAAUGCUCAGCGUCCAGCCCCAAGGCUCUAGAUUGCACGGAGCAGCCCCAAUGCGCCUUGUGCAGUGAGAAAGGUAACACGGAGAAUUGUGCCCACAUUGCUGGUAGCAGUAGAUACCUAGUUAAUAAGGAGGCACUACAGAGGGUCCUCAAUGAUCGAAGAUGA